AUGGGAAAUGUUUUAGAUAAAGCAAAAGAUGCAGGUGAACCAACUAAUCAUGAUGCAUUUGUAUUUUGGUAUAACUUAAAAGAAAAGUAUGAACAUUCAGAGACAUUGUUGGAUCAUUUUCAACCUUUUAUGGUAGAUCAUCAAUAUACAGAGCAAGAGGAUAAUGAUGGAGGAGGAGGUGGUGGUGGUGGUGGAACUACAAAUCUACCAAUAACAACGACGACAACUGUAAAUACUACAAAUACUACACAAAACAAUAAUAGUCAACAUCAACAUCAUCACACUAGGAAUGGAAGUGGUGGAGAAGGUGGAACUGCAAAUGGAGGUGUGAUUGCUGGUCGUCCUACGAGUGGAUCAAUGAGUGAAGACUCCUAUGUGAUGUUGGGAACGGUGAAAGGCGAUGCUCGUUGUCCAUCGCCGACAUCGUCAUCGAUUAUCUCCACCACGCCAAAGAGUGAACAACUGAAUCGCAACCUCCUGCAAACGAUCAAUUGCAAACUCCAGUUGAUUCCACCCGAGUUGAAUCACUUCACUCUGAACUUGGACAAUCAUUAUCUCACCGAGAAGAUGGUGCUCUCGAUAUGCGCCACCAUCAUAUCGAACAACGAGAACUACCACAAUCGCCACUUGACGACCACUCACAAGGAGACACCGAUCAACACGAUGCGUAAGAAGAAGCUGCAAUCGGAUGAUGUUCGUGCCUACGACGAAGGUGCAUUCAUGAUUGCAGCGUUCCUCAUGACCACCAAAUCACUGAGAACCAUUGAUCUCUCCACCAAUCACAUCACAGACAAAGGCUACGAAGCACUCAGACAAGCUGCACUCAGAAAUACCUCUGUAACAUCCAUUUAUUUAUCCGAUAAUAGUAUAGAUGCAGCAAAAUUAUAUUCGUUAUCAAAUAUUUUAAAGAGAAAUACAAGUAUUCAAUAUGUUAUGGAUUCAAUAUUCGAUCGUUUGACAUUAAGUAGAAAGUUUAAAAACAAAUUGCAAAGUUUUAAAAAAGGUGUCAUGCAAGUCCGUUCCAAUAGUACUUUAAAUUUCAAUGCUGAUCAAGAUGAUAAAACUCCAUUGUUUAGAUUGAUGGGUAAACAAAAUCAACAAAUACCAGUUCCAGAACAAAUGCCAAGCAAUAGGUAUAUUGUCGGUAAGAGUGAAACGAUUGGAAAGAGAUCUUCAAUGGAAGAUAGAAUGGUUGCUUAUGGUAGAUUCGGUAAUGUCGAUGAUUGUGAAUUGUAUUCGAUUUUCGAUGGACAUGGUGGAAAGGCUGCCUCUGACUAUGCUGCUGACAAUAUUUAUAGAAUUUUCUCUGAUUUCCUUGCACAGACGAACCAGCCAGAUGAAGCAUUCAAACAGUCUUAUCAAGCGAUACAUGCACAUAUUUCACCGUGGCCGUUCAUCGGUACCACUGCAGCCUCUGUAUAUAUUAAAGAUAGUUUGGCUACGAUUGCCAAUGUCGGUGACUCACGUGUUGUUCUCGGAUACAUCAAUGAGCACAAUCAAUUCGCUGCGGAACGACUUACUUUUGACCAUCGUCCUGUUGAAGACACCGAGAGACAGAGAAUUAUCAAUGCCGGUGGUUCCGUUCUUAAUGGUAGAGUCAAUGGAAUGCUGGCAGUAUCAAGAGCUCUUGGUGAUUCUUUUCUAACUCCAUAUGUAACGCCCGAUCCAUAUAUAAGUCAUCUUACAAUCAGUGAAAAGUGUAAAUUUUUAAUUUUGGCAUGCGAUGGUGUUUGGGAUCUGAUUUCUGAUGAAGAAGCAGUCAAAGUAAUAUCAUCUAUACCUGACCCAGCAAAAUCAAGUGAAACUCUCAGAGAUCUAGCUUUUGCACAAGGUAGUACAGAUAAUAUUAGUGUAAUGAUUGUAAAGUUAAAUGAAUAUUAG